AACAGAUGGGAAAGCAGUACGCAACCGCUGCAUUUAGAAGGGAAGUGAAGGCGCGAGUGAUGUUGAACAUGGCCUUUCAGUAAGUGGAAUAUGUAAGAGAAACGUUUUCCUGCUCGAUUUUGUGCCUUGGCUUCGCGAUGUUGUCACCUCUGUGCGCUUGUGUUUUGUUUUUUUCCCGGUAUUCGGAUAAGACAUCUCUGGAGAAAAGUGGCACUCUGGCCUGGAAUUUAAUUUCAGAAUUCUCAAACAUCAACCAAGUGUUAUAAAGAUAGCGAUGGACAAACACAGCAGAGUGAAGAAAGAAGCCACGUCAAAGGCUGCAAAACGCAAAGAAAAUAAAAAGAAACCUGGACGAAUUUUUCAAAAGAAAUCAUUUAAGUCGGUGGGAAGUUUUGUUAAUAAAAUUAUCAAAACUUUGGGCACUUUUACCAACUUUGAAGACGCUGAACGACAUGCUGUAGAGGACGACGAUGGAGGUUUUCGGGAUGGGACACCUUGCACAUUCAGUGCUAACUCAGGAAAUAACCAGGUCGCUGGGAAUCAUUCCGUUACUAAUAAAUCAAUAGCACAACCCCGUUGCUCGGUGAAAGAAAGUAUUGUAUGGUACUACGGUGACAAAAUUCCAGGUGUUCUAGGAUUGAAAAAUCAUGGAAACACCUGUUUCAUGAACGCCGUGGUCCAGUGUUUAAACAAUACUGACCUUCUCGCAGAGUAUCUGGGGUUGGGAAGGUACAAAUUUGAUUUAAAUCAAAGGAGAAAUUAUGGGAUCCUUCAAAGUGACGCCAUCCUGCAUGCCAGAGGUGAAGUCACUGAGCAGUUGGCAUCACUUGUUAGGGCACUGUGGACACUGGAAUACACCCCGCAACACUCAGUGGAAUUUAAGACUAUUGUAUCCAGGUAUGGAUCCCAAUUCAGAGGAAACUCCCAACAUGAUGCCCUUGAGUUCUUACUGUGGCUUCUGGAUCGAGUUCAUGAGGAUGUCAACUUGACGUCCUGCAGAAACAACAAGACCAAAGCUCCUGAAAAAGUAAGAGGCCCUGGUGAAACAGAGAAUGUCCAGGUUAUGGAGAAGCCUGAUGCAAGCUACAGCUUUGUACAGGAACACUUCCAGGCACAAUACAAGUCUUCGUUGACAUGUCCUCAUUGUCAUAAACAGAGCAACACCUUUGACCCUUUCCUCUGCAUCUCACUUCCCAUCCCUCUCCGCCAGACCAGGUCUAUGUGUGUAACUCUGGUCUUCAGUACAAAGGGCCAGAGAUACCUGCGCAUUGGGCUGGCUGUCCCCCUCUUUGGCUCGCUUGCCAUUCUCAGAAGGAUGUUAGCAGAUGAGGGGAAAAUCUCCCCAGACCAAGUGAUCCUGACUGAGAUCUACACCACUGGCUUUCAGCGCUCCUUCUUUGAUGAGGACGAUCUGACAUGCAUAGCUGACAGUGACGUCAUCUAUGCCUUCCAGGCCCCACCCCUAUACAUCCGAGGAGGCUCUGUACGGGUUUCAGUGUUCAACCACAGCCUGCCUUCUUCCCCAUACUCUUCUGGGCAUGAAGGUCAAAGGUUACUUUCAUCUGGAACAUUGUCGUCAGAGUUUCUGAACCAUGGUGUGCCAGAGAAGAUCCUGCUGCUGGUGUGCAACGCUGCCGGGACGGCGCAGCAGGCUGUCAGGUUUGGACCUCCAUUCCUCGUUAGGGAGGAGCGCUCCAUCUCCUGGGACCAGCUGCAGCAGAGCAUACUCAGCAAGCUCUACUACCUGAUGAUAAACGGAGCGCAGGCCCAGAAUGCCAGAGUGCUCUUUAAAGUCUGUGUGGUGGGAGGAUCAGUGUCAUACAGCUACCUCUCCCCUCAGGAUGGACGGCCGCUCUAUCACCCCGCAGUCGACAGAGCGCUUAAUCUCUGUGGCUCAGGUGGUCCACCUCAUGUGAAGCUUAUUAUCGAGUGGGAACACAGAAUUAAAGACAGCCUGUUUGGGAACAUCCAGGAAGAGGUGGUAAAGGAUGCUGAGAGUGUGAGAGGCCAACAGCUGCAUCACAUUCAACAGCACAGCUGUACCCUGGAUGAGUGCUUUCAGCUUUACACUAAAGAAGAACAGUUGGCCCCAGACGACGCAUGGAAAUGUCCCUAUUGUAAGCAGCUGCAGCAGGGCAUGGUGAAGAUGAGCCUGUGGACCCUGCCUGACAUACUUAUCCUCCACCUCAAGCGCUUCCGCCAGGUGGGUGAGCGCCGCAACAAGCUAGCCACAAUGGUGCGCUUCCCUCUGGCUGGCCUGGAUAUGGGGCCUCACAUGGUGAAGAGGAGUCAAAACACCCGGUUGGCCCCCCGUGGCCCUUUUACCCCCGGCUCCCUAGACUCUGGAGGGAAACAGCCGCCCCCACCUGACAUUGGCCCGCCAGACUUCCUGUAUGACCUCUAUGCUGUGUGUAACCACCAUGGAGGCAUGCACGGGGGACAUUACACAGCUUUCUGCAGGAACUCUGUGGACGGCCAUUGGUAUGGCUAUGAUGACAGCAGUGCGGAGCCAGUCCCAGAGGAGGAGGUGUGCACACGGGGAGCUUACAUCCUCUUUUACCAGAGACGCAACACCAUCCCUCCAUGGUCAGCCAGCUCCUCUGUCCGAGGUGCUGUUCACUUUAUUCAUUUCAGCUCCACCAGCUCCUCUACGUCAGACCACUGGCUGGUUCGUCUCACGAGGGACAGUAAGACGGGCAGCUGUGUCUCUAGGGAGUCCACCUCUAACCAUACUUGCCCGGUACCGUUCCCCAAAUCCCCAAAUUUCCCGGUGUUCCAGGACAAGCCUCUUAAAACGGAGACAGAUGGGUUACAAAAUAAGGCAUUUGUCCGAGGCAGUCAGGGCAGGAGCAUGAGCAUGAGGUCACCUACUAAGACAAAGGACUCCCUAACCAAAGUGCUGCCCAGGGACAGGUCCUUUGGCUCCAAGGAUCGCCCUAAACCCUCCACUCCCAGGCCAGGGGAGCUGGUGGAGUACUUGGAGUCAGGGCGCAGACCACGAUGCACCAAGGACUCCAUCAUUACCCUGGUGGCCACCCCACCCCAGGGGAGGCUCUCUGAGGAUGUGCACGGGGACCUAGGCGGUUCCCUCAGUGGGACCAAACUGGGCUGCAUAGACACGCACAAGUCUGGAGCCUGCAACUCUAAAAGAAUACCAGAAGGCCAAAGCAGACCGAAUGUAGAGAGAAGCUCCAGCCUGAGGCUGAAUAUCAUCACAAAAACCAGGGAUGACAGUUCACUGGGCCAGAGGUCCUCCAAGAGGACCAGGCAGGACCAGAGCAGGACAUUGGACCCCCAGCCCCGAAGAGGCUCCAUUGCUGGGCUCCACAUCAGCCACAGUGCCCCACCAAGUAGGGACUCUACACUAAAGAGGGCUAAGGCCCCAGCAGGGCUGGCAUCCAGGAUAGGGGGACAGUUGGAGGUGCUGCAGGCUGGUCUCCAGCCUGAGGAGAGGAAGGGGAUGGAGGUCAGGAGCCACGAUAGCGUCUUGUCCUUUUUUAAACCAGGCUUCCUGAAGAAAGAUGCUCAGAGUACACUCCACAAGGGCGAGGAGGUCCAUACCAGUGGCCCCAUAGGAGAUAGCAAAGUUUUCAAUGGAAGCUUAUCUAAACUCUCCAUUUCUAAUGGGUCCCUGAAGAGAUUAGCACUGGAGGAUAAGAGGGCCCUCGGCACCGCUAAAGGAGAAUCCUGUCAAAGCAAUGGGCAGUUUGUCAAUGGGACGGCAAGGAAUAAUAGCACAGCUACUGACAUCAAGCGUGCCCACAGCUCCAGCAACAUCCAGACCAAGUUGGACCUGAGCCUUGGCCAGUGUGCCUCGCUGCAGAGGAACGGGCAGGUGGCUCCACCGGCACAACGCACCAGCCUGACUCUGGCCACAGUCAAGCCCAGCUAUGCCACCCUGCAGCGGACACGCUACAGCACCACCUCCCUGGGCAGGCAGCAGAGACCUGUUCCCGAGUCCUGCUUUUGACUCCGUGUGCACUGCUAGGCUGACUAGCUAACAUCACAUCUGGCAUGUGGUUCUCUUUAUUUUGAGUUUGUGCCACAGCUGCUUCCAGGGAUACCACGGUCGUGUGAGCUGAGCAGUCUGGCCACCCAUGGUAAACCAGAAGGAUAGUCACAGUGUUACUAAAAGCCAGGAUUUGUUUUAUGUAAGUGCCUCUGUGACAGUUCAGAAUGGUUGUUUGUUGAACACUGGAAUCCCAUUGUUUAUACACACACAUCCCAUCCAGACGGGCUUCAGGGCAGUCGUACCAGGCAGUAUAGCCAGCUGUUGUUCCUAAGGUACAUCAUGUCCUGUUUUUCUGGUUUCAUAUCAUAUUUGUUUUUUUAAAUCAAGCCGGUGCUCUUCUAUUUUCUAACCACUGCGCCUGAAUUUGUAUUUUACCUGUUUUAUAUAAACUCCCUUCAGCUGUUCAUUUUAAAACAAAAUGUUCAAAUGUUUUUAUUAUAUUAAAAACAAAUCACAUCUUGUCAAAUAAUUGUUUUUUUCCUGCCAAAGGCAUUUGCCAAGUAGCUUAGUCAAGACUAGAGAUAAACGGUUUGGCUAAUGAGGCCACUUUGAAAACAGAGACAAGUCAUUAACUCUAAACCAAUAUACCCUGCCCACAAACCACUCCCUGGCAUUCCUAAUAAAAUUCUUACUUGAACUUUUUAUGGAAUAAGUGUUUUUCUAUUGAUGUAAAACAGCUGCAUUUGUCCUGCCCUCCAAAUAUGUUUGUUACACCUUCAUGAUACAAAAUGAAGACAUUUUGAAUAUUGAAUAGCUCCGUUUGUAUGUUUUAGAGCACCGGUUUUGCUAUAACCUUUGGUUGAAAUCAAGAGUAGGAGUGCCUCAAGUAUUGUAACAGUCUGUUCCAACUUGGCACCACACUG